AUGGGAGCACAUACCGGUAAUAAGUCAGCAGAUAUGAGAUUCUUGAAGAUAUCGGGAACGAAUAAUAACGCAGAAUCCCGGUGGCACAAGAACCGUAUGGCAGUAUCUACUCGUGGGGUAACCAAGUGCCGUUUGGUACGACAAUGCGCCUCCUCCCGCGGCUCCAAUGCCCCGCUGAAAAUAGUACGACCAGGCAAAACGGGCCCGAAUAACCCGAAGGAAAUGCCUGCCCUCCUCCUCCUCCUCAUCCUGUUGUCCUACGUUUCCUAUAUUGACAUCAAGUUCUUGCAGGAUUUACGACUAUUACUCCGACUACUGAACCUACUGAACCUACAGAUCUCCCAGGUCUGGCGCACGCGGAAACAAACCGUGGAACGUUCAGCCAUCGAACCUGGGUGGGAUGGGCUGCUGCUGGCGGCUUAAGGUUCGCCAUCAAGCCACCGCCCAAUUAUCAAAUUAUCAAAUUAUCCAUUGCACCAUUGUCUGCAAAUACGGGCAGUAAUUGGCCGAACAGCGUACUAUGAUCUUAGCUGCAUUAGCCUUCCGGCCCGCUAAUCCAGCCCUGGAAGCAGCCAAGAACUUUUUCAAGGGUCGAUUGGGAAUCUUUAUCAGAAAAACCUAUCAGC